AUGAAUAAUGCCGGGUGCGGUCCCACAUGGAGGCUGCGGGGCUGGGGGGCCCUGGCCUGGGGGGCCCUGCUCAUGGCCCUCUGGCUGCUGUGGCUGCUGGAGUUGGCCCCUGGGGGUCCCCCGGCACCCCAGCCUGUAAUAACCAUCCUUAUCUGGCACUGGCCUUUCGCUGACCGGCCCCCAGAGUUGCCCAGCGACGCCUGCGCUCGCUAUGGCAUGGUCCGCUGCCGCCUGAGCACCAACCGAAGCCUGCUGGCCAGUGCUGACGUCGUGGUUUUCCACCACCGCGAGCUGGAGACCCAGCAGUCCCACCUGCCCCUGGCUCAGCGGCCACCCGGGCAGCCCUGGGUGUGGGCUUCCAUGGAGUCACCCAGCCACACCCAUGGCCUCAGCCACCUUCGCGGCAUCUUCAACUGGGUGCUGAGCUACCGGCGUGACUCGGACAUCUUCGUGCCCUAUGGCCGCCUGGAGCCUCGCUUGGGACCGUCGCCGGCGCUGCCAGCCAAGAGCAGGCUGGCCGCCUGGGUGGUCAGCAACUUCCAGGCGCGGCAGCGGCGCGCGGGGCUGUACCGGCAGCUGGCGCCUUACCUGCGGGUGGACGUGUUCGGCCGCGCCAAUGGGCGGCCCCUGUGCGCCGACUGCCUGCUGCCCACCGUGGCCCGGUACCGCUUCUACCUGUCCUUCGAGAACUCACAGCACCGAGACUACAUCACCGAGAAGUUCUGGCGCAACGCGCUGGUGGCUGGCACCGUGCCGGUGGUGCUGGGGCCCCCGCGGGCCACCUACGAGGCCUUCGUGCCCCCCGACGCCUUCGUGCACGUGGACGACUUCGGCUCGGCCCGCGAGCUGGCCGCCUUCCUCACGGGCAUGAACGAGAGCUGCUAUCGCCGCUUCUUCGCCUGGAGGGACAGGCUCCGUGUGCGGCUGCUCGCAGACUGGCGGGAGCGCUUCUGCGCCAUCUGUGCCCGCUACCCUCACCUGCCCCGUGGCCAGGUCUACGAGGACCUGGAGGGCUGGUUCCAGGCCUGA